AUGAUGAGCCGAGGAAAAUUAAUAUUGGAAAUGAUUAACGCAGAAAAACCUAAUCCUGGAGAGUCUGUAAUAUUGGAUGAUUUAAUAAUACUUAAAUCCUUUAGUAUCGAUAUGCCUAAUAGAGUAAAGGAGUCUGAGUUUCCAACUGAGAAAAGUUUAGUUGUGUCACCGAGUAUUAUUGAAUCUUCAAUAAAUCUUAAUGAGCCUAAACUACGAAGAGUUCCUAAACGUCAAUAUGCUAUAUCACCAGUCCACAGCGGCGAUGAAUGUGACUUCGACGAUUCCGAUGCAGAUCCAAACUACAGAAACCCCACUCCUAAAAGCAAAAUAGUUUUCUCUCCUUUACCAGUUCCAUUUUAUCAAGCAGCAGUUACAGUUCAUCAAGCAGCAGCUCCAGCAGCUCAAGCAGUAACACUAUUACUGAAGAUAACAGUACUCUCUCUAUUUGCGAGCUUCAGAAUCAUUACAAAAAUAUUACCUCAAUACUCAAUGAAAACAACACUACGUCCUUUAACGCCGAGAACCAAUCUAAUUCAAAAUGCUGCAAGUAACGAAACUCUAGCGCAAGAAGGAGUAGUCUAG